UUGGCUAUUUAUUUGGCUACUGGCUGUCGCGUGAUCCAUUACGGAAGUAGACCCUUCAACUAUCCUCCUCAGCGGAAGCGUGUCACAACCUACCCGCCCACCCUUAGCGGAAGUUCGUCACGGCGCAGUUUCCUCCGCACAGCGGAUGUGUGUCGCCGCUUAAGUGACGCUGGGAAGCGCUUGCAGCCUUCGCCGCUGCCUUCUGGUUGAAGCACUAUGGAGGAAGAGAGGAAGAACAACAAACGGUGGUAUUUUACUCGAGAACAGCUGGAAAAUAGCCCAUCCCGUCGCUUUGGGCUGGACCCAGAUAAAGAACUUUCUUAUCGUCAGCAGGCGGCCAAUCUGCUCCAGGACAUGGGCCAACGUCUUUACGUCUCACAAUUGACUAUCAACACUGCUAUAGUAUAUAUGCAUCGAUUCUACAUGAUUCAGUCCUUCACACAGUUCCAUCGAUAUUCUGUGGCUCCAGCGGCCUUGUUUCUAGCAGCUAAAGUAGAGGAGCAGCCAAAAAAAUUGGAACACGUCAUCAAAGUAGCACAUGCUUGUCUCCAUCCACAGGACUCACUUCCCGAUACCAGGAGUGAGGCUUACCUGCAACAAGUUCAAGAUCUGGUGAUAUUAGAAAGCAUAAUUCUGCAGACUUUAGGCUUUGAACUAACAAUUGAUCACCCACAUACACAUGUGGUAAAGUGCACUCAACUUGUUCGAGCAAGCAAGGACUUAGCACAGACUUCUUACUUCAUGGCAACCAACAGCCUGCAUUUGACCACAUUUAGCCUGCAGUACACACCUCCUGUAGUGGCCUGUGUCUGCAUUCAUCUGGCUUGCAAGUGGUCCAACUGGGAGAUCCCAGUCUCAACUGAUGGGAAGCACUGGUGGGAGUAUGUUGACGCCACUGUGACCUUGGAACUUUUAGAUGAACUGACACAUGAAUUUCUACAGAUUCUGGAGAAAACCCCCAACAGGCUCAAACGAAUUCGGAAUUGGAGGGCAUGCCCGGCUGCCACGAAAACAAAGGCAGCAGACCGAGGAGCAGAGGCAAACACUUCCGAGCAGACAAUCCUCAAUAUGAUUUCCCAAAGCUCUUCAGACACAACUAUUGCCGGUUUAAUGAGCAUGUCAACUUCUUCUACCACAAGUUCAGUGCCUUCCCUUCCAGCCACUGAAGAGUCAUCCAGCAACAUAAGCAAUGUGGAUAUAUUGCAGGGCGAGCGUUGGCUGUCCUCCCAACCUUUUAAACUGGAACCUGCUCAGGGUCAUCGGACUAGUGAGAAUGUAGCACUUACAGGAGCUGAUCAUUCCUUGCAACAGGAUAGUUCAAAUGCAUUUAUUUCUCAGAAGCAGAACAGUAAGAGCGUGCCAUCAGCUAAAGUAUCACUGAAAGAAUACCGUGCAAAGCAUGCAGAAGAGUUGGCUGCCCAGAAGAGGCAACUGGAGAACAUGGAGGCCAAUGUGAAGUCACAGUAUGCAUAUGCUGCCCAGAAUCUCCUGUCUCAACAUGAUAGCCAUUCUUCAGUCAUUCUGAAAAUGCCCAUAGAGGGCUCAGAAAAUCCUGAGCGGCCUUUUUUGGAAAAGGCUGACAAAACAGCUCUCAAAAUGAGAAUUCCAGUGGCAAGUGGAGAUAAAGCUGCCUCUUUGAAACCUGAGGAGAUAAAAAUGCGCAUUAAAGUCCACGCAGCAUCUGACAAGCACAAUUCUGUGGAUGAUAGUAUCACAAAAAGCAGAGAGCACAAAGAAAAGCACAAGACUCAUCCAUCUAAUCAUCAUCAUCAUCAUAAUCACCACUCACACAAGCACUCUCACUCACAGCUUCCAGCUGGUACUGGGAACAAACGGCCAGGUGAUCCAAAACAUAGUAGCCAGGCAAGCUCCCUAGGACACAAAGCCUAUAGUUUGUCUAGUUCUUUCUCCUCUUCCAGUUCUGCUCGUAAAAGGGGUCCCCCUGAAGAGAUUGGAGGAGCAGUGCUUGAUCAUCCGGCAAAGAUUGCCAAGAGUACUAAAUCCUCUUCCAUAAAUUUCUCCUUCCCUCCUCUUCCUGCAAUGGCCCAGUUGCCUGGGCAUAGCUCAGACACAAGUGGCCUUCAUUUUUCACAGCCUAGCUGUAAAACUCGAGUUCCUCAUAUGAAACUGGAUAAGGGCCCUGCUGGGGCCAAUGGUCACAAUACAACCCAGACAAUAGACUAUCAAGAUACUGUGAAUAUGCUUCAUUCCCUUCUCAGUGCCCAGGGUGUUCAGCCCACUCCGCCACCUGCAUUUGAAUUUGUUCAUUCUUACGGUGAAUAUCUAAAUCCACGGGCUGGUGGAAUGUCCUCCAGAUCUGGCAAUACGGACAAACCCCGACUACCACCUCUACCUUCAGAACCUCCUCCACCACUUCCACCCCUUCCUAAAUGAAAAAGAAAAAAAAGAGAAGAAAAACUAAAAACGCAUUUUUUUGUUUUUGGUUUUUUUGGUUUUUUUUUAAACUACUGAUUCUGAACUAAGAAAAUUACUUCCCUAAUGAAAUAUGUCUCCCUUCUUGGACUAGGGAAUAAAUUAAUAUUGAGACAUAAGUGGGAGGAUGGUAGAGGGCCUUGGUUAUUGUAACUGCUGCCUCAGAAAUGUAACUAUUUUAUAGUUUUUAUUGGUAUUAGAAAAGUGAGAAGAUGUUGAAGCUGUGAAAGAAAAAUAAUACUUUCUCUAUUCUUGGCCUCUCCACCUCUUAAUUAGGUAAAUUAGAGUUGAUAUCUUCCCUCUUCUUGCCAGGACUGAAAUAUGGAGGGUUUGUUAUAUCAGACAGUUGUGGAUCUUUUUGGUGUUUAAUAUGUCAGAAGAGAGGAAGUAUUUAAACGUCAAAAUCUUUUAAGAGACUUUAAAAAAUAAUUUAAAGAAAGUAAGUUAUCUGUUUAGUUUUUCUUUUUUUUAUAUAUAAUUGGGAAAGGGAUAGGGAUUUUGCUGUGUGUAUGAAAUACAUAGCAAUGAAUCCUGGGGGUGGGAUUGGAGGGUGGAGGGUGUGAAGGGGGUCGGGAGGGUAGGCUUUUUUUGGCCUUGAUCUCUGAGAUAGACUUUGGCCACUUGAAGUGUUGAGACCUGUAAGUGUGUAUGCAAGUGUGGGUAUGUAUGUUUUUAAGAGUGUGUGUGUUUAAGUAUCAUGUUUUCUCUUUUUCCCUCCCUAUCCCUCUCCAUUUUUCACUUCCCAACAGUCUACUAGAGAGACUACGGUGUGGCCUUUAGAACAUAAAGGAAGAUGCAUGUAUUUGACAUGAUAUUUAACCCCUUUCUUUAUGCUGUCAUUGAGUUGUAGCCUUCUAAAUUCAAGUUGGGCAAGUGCAGCCAAUGGCCUGAUUUUGGACUCCAUUAUAAAAACUUCCUUUUAACCCCCUUUUCUUUUGAUCAGAACCAAGGUGGGGUUGAGGAAGAAGGUUUGGAGAGCAAAGCUGGCUUCUGCUGUAUGGAAUUGGGUGUGUCUUUUUCCAAGUUGGGCCUUUGGGAAAGUGUUCAAGUGAGAGCAGUCUCAGGGUCUCAGAUGGGAAGGGGUAUGUGCUGUACAUCCUACCUGUGAAAGCCCAGACCAUAUGUGAGAAUAGUUCUGGGAAAAGCCAUGGAGCUAGAGGAUCCUGAAAACAGUGAAAUUGUGAUUUGGGAAUUGUUAGGACAUUGUAUUUUAAAUUAUAUUAUAAAUGUGAGACUUGCUUUUUAUCUGUAUAGCUGAAGGGGAACCGCUGCAUCCUCAUUUUUUUUGUAGCCUAUAUGUCUUCAGAGAUUGGAGCUUGUGAAUUAACAGUACUGGUGCCAUGAGAGUGAGCAAGCCUAGCCCACAUAUACUGUUACGUGUAGAUAGUCCAUUCUUGGUGACUUUAGAUGCUAGGCAGAAGUUCUUCAGACUUCUAAGAAUCCUUUUAAAAAAUGGACCAGGUGUCUGUUCUUAUGGGUGCUUGAUUCUCCCAGAUUUUAAGAGUGAACGUUUUUGUUGAGGAAAGAAAUCUUUUAAGAGACUAGAAGAAUUCUAAUAAACCAAGUUGUCUAACUGAAAAUGCCACCUAGCUAUAGAUAAUUUGAUGUGAUAUUCUUUGGUCUUUGUGGCAUUUUUAUUUUUAUUUUUUGCUGUG